AUGGCUGCACCAGUCCUAACCUCGGCGCGCCAAUUGGUCGGCAACACGCCGGUCAUCCAACUGCGCAACAUCGUCCCUGAAGGGUGCGCAGAUGUUUUCUUGAAACUAGAAUCCAUCAACCCCACCGGAUCGUACAAAGACCGUAUGGCCUUAUCCAUGAUUGAAGAGGCCGAGCGCCGCGGGGACCUCAGGCCCGGCAUGACCGUCAUCGAAGCCACCGGUGGAAGCACGGGGUCCUCCCUCGCUUUCGUGUGCGCCAUGAAGGGCUACAAAUUUCUGGUUAUCUCGUCCAAUGCGUUUGCUAUGGAGAAGCUGCGCACUAUGCAAGCCUUCGGAGCCACCCUCGACCUUGUACAUAGCCCGUCGGGGAAAAUCACGCCCGAUCUAAUCCCUUCGAUGGUUGAGCGGGCUAAAGAGACUGCCAAAGACCCUUCUUAUUAUUUUACAGCGCAGUUCGAUAACCGCGAUGCCCUUGUCGGGUACGAAGCUAUAGGCCGAGAGCUAUUAGAGCAGAUUCCCUCGGGGAUUGAUGCGUUCUGCGGUGCCGUUGGCGGUGCGGGCAUGGUAAUGGGUUCGUCGAAGGUCUUGAAGUCAAAAUGGCCUCAUGUUCAUAUUGUUGUUCUCGAACCGGCUUCGUCGCCGGUCAUCACAGAGGGUCGGACGGGGACUCAUGGCGUCGAGGGGAUUGGAAUUGGAUUCCGUCCUCCUCAUCUCGAUGAUACCCUGUACGAUGAAGCUCGCUCUGUUCCGGAGGCAGAUGCGCGCGCUAUGUGCCGUCGUCUCGCAAAGGAAGAAGGGCUUCUGGUGGGUACUUCCACCGGCAUGAACGUUGUCGCCGCAGUGGAUCUGGCAAAACGUUUAGGGCCGGGGAAGAAGGUGGUCACUGUCGCUUGUGAUACCGGGCUCAAGUAUAUGAAUGGCAACCUAUUGGCAGAUGACUGA